AUGCGGACGGCCAUCUGUACCUUUCUCGACACAACCUGGUUCCUGACUUCUAAAUUUUUCGGGGCAUUCUUUCAAAUCUUGCUUCCAGCUGUGAUUGCUGGUGGAAUUGUCUGCGGUGUGCUUUUCGCCGUCGCCUUAGCUGUCGUUCAUAUCUUGGGUUGGAUGGGAUGGAUUAAUUUGGACUCUGGUCCCGAGAAGAAACAGAAGAAGGAGAAGGAGGGUAACGCCUUCGAAGCUGCCGAAGAAGGGUUUGAUGAAGUGCUUGUCAAUGUCUCGAAUGACAAGAAACGAUUGGAGAUUGAGAUCGAGUUUCUGGAAGACUUGUUGCGUGCCAAGCGGGAGAAGUUGACGGAAAUUGACUAG